CCAUCUAUAUCUUACCAUUUUAACCACUUCCCAUCCCGCCCAUGUACAUAAACGGCCGGCCGGGAGCAGUGCCAAAGCGGGUUGCCAUUUAUAAAUGGCCCCCGCAUUCACUGCAUUCACUGCCUAGGACACAGCAGAACACCAAUCACUGUAUGGGACCUCUGUACGAGGUCCCGAUUCCUGUGAUCCCUGCUUGGCCAAUCAGUGAUCACAUGAAUAGUAGUAAACAAGAUGUCACUUCUGACAUCAUUGCUUACUACGUGUGAAAUCUGUGAAUGAUCACAGAGGUCACAUGGUACAAGGC